GGGGUGAAAUUCAUCUUUAAAGAGUAUAAAGCUUGUAACAUGCUGCUUUUUUCUUUGUUGAAUCCAAACCAAAUCUUUCCAGUGACACUGGAGGCUUUGCAUAACACCAUCUGAUUCUCCCUUGAGCUUUCUCCUAAAGAUUGCCCUACAAUUAAACCGUGCUAUUCAGUCCCAUCUCAAUGCAAUUAGGAAAUAAACCUGGCCCACGCUGCCCAUGAAUCAUAUGCCAUGUGCAUCAGUUUGAUGGAUAUCAUAAAAGCGCCUCAGUCAGAUUUGACCUUCUCCUGUGGGGUGGAGACGAUGACAUUGGCGCCUCCCCGGGAACGAGCUAGGCGGUGAUCUUGUUUUCCUGCAGGCCAGAAGGGGAACGGGAAGCCUCUGUCUUUGAAUUUGAAAGGGAGCUCAUUGGUGCAGCAGCAGCAGCGCCUUCCCAGGCCUGGCCCGGAGAGCUCCAGCCAGCAGGGUUAGCCAGUGCUGAGGAGCCAGGAGGUGCACGCAUGCUCCUCCAUCUGCAAUCCUCCCUCCUCCCGCCUCGUCCCCUCCCACUCCUGUCCCGAGCUAUCAAUAGGGACCAGCUCAUCCAUUUCUGCCAGGGGGCUGAACAGUACGGCACCUCGCCCUAACCCUCAGUCCAGCCGCCCGCUUCUAGCCGCAGCAGCUCCUGGGGUUUCAGCACCACGAGGCGCGGACAGCUCCCUGUGCCUCCGCCGCAGGCUGGUGCGGGGUUCGGCGCUGCGGGUCGGGGCUCAGGUUACACCCAAAGCCGGCUUGUGCAAAGCAGGGAGCCUGCUCAUUCCUCAGUCUAGCGAGCCCGCCUGCCUGCGAGCUCUGCAGCCAGCUUCGCUUCUAUCCCGAAGGCCACAAGGAUGGUUUUCAGUUGGGCGACGCUGGUUCAGGUCCUGGCGCUGAUCGUGAGCCAGGUUCACGGCUUCCCUAAGCCCGAGGGCAGCAGAGAUAAAGGAAUAUACAACAGAGAAUUAAGUGAAGAGAGACCAUUGGAGGAACAGAUUGCUGAAGCUGGGGCAGGCAAGAUCAGGAAAACAGUCUCUACAGAAAAUAAGCCAGAGUUCAGAAAUUAUUCCUUUACUGAUGACUUGAACCUGCUAAAGUCAGUAACAGGAAAAGAGAGGAAUGAAAAGGAGAGGGAAUCAAUAAGAAGCUCCCUAUAUGAUCAUCAACAACCGGCCCCUGAUGAUGCAGACUCCACCAAGAACCGCAGGCUGGUAGAUGACUAUGACUCCACUAAAAGUGGACUGGAUUAUAAAUUUCAAGAUGAUCCAGAUGGUCUUCAUCAGUUAGAUGGCACUCCCUUAACUGCUGAAGACAUUGUCCAGAAGAUUGCCACAAGAAUUUAUGAGGAAAAUGAUAGAGGCGUAUUUGACAAAAUUGUCUCGAAGCUUCUAAAUUUGGGUCUAAUCACAGAGAGCCAGGCCUAUACAUUAGAGGAUGAAGUGGCUGAGGUUUUACAGCAGUUAAUUGCUAAUGAAGCAAAAGAUCGUGAGAAGGAGUCAGAAGAUCUUGAUUACCCUCCAAGCAGAACAGACAGUGAUACAGAAGAAAAGCAGGAGGAAAAAAUGUUUGUGGAGACACCAAACGUUGCUGAUCAAGUUGGUGUUAUGAAUGGAGAAAUUGAUGAUACUUUGGAUAACACCUGGCCCUCCUCCAGUGUCUUGGAAAGAAGAAAUGAGCUGCCUUCUGAGGAUAAUUUUGAGGACCUCCAGUAUUUCCCAAACUUCUAUGGACUACUAAAAAGUCUUAACUCAGAGGAGGCAAAAGAAAAAGAAACCCUGAUAACUAUCAUGAAGACAUUGGUUGAUUUUGUGAAGAUGAUGGUUAAAUAUGGAACAAUCACUCCAGAGGAAGGUGUUUUGUAUCUGGAAAACUUGGAUGCAAUGAUAGCUCUGCAGACAAAGAGUAAACUUGAAAGCCCCCUGACCAGCACCAAAAACAAGCUACUAGCAGAUAAGAGCAAUGAAGAGGCAGACAGUACAAAGGAAGAAGCAGCUAAAAUGGAAAAACAGUAUGAAACAUUGAAGGAUUCCACAAAAGUGAAAGAACAAAAUACAGCAGGAAACAAUGAAGAACCAAAAGGGAAAGCUGAGGCAUAUUUGGAAGCCAUCAGGAAGAAUAUAGAAUGGCUGAAGAAGCACAACAAGCAGGGAAAUAAAGAAGAUUAUGAUCUUUCAAAGCUGAGGGAUUUCAUUGAUCAGCAAGCUGAUGCUUAUGUGGACAAGGGCAUCCUGGACAAAGAAGAGGCGGAUGUGAUCAAGCGCAUAUACGGCAGCCUGUAAAAACACAGGAAGGAUGGUGAAGUCACUUGACUGCCCAACAUGUCGGAAACUAUAGUAUAGCUUCACCCACUCCUAGCUCAGUGACCUCAGAUUUGUUAUUUUGAGGUUAUCAUUAGAAAGUGCUCUGUUUGCAUUGUACUGAACCUUUUCUAGGCAAAAGUGAAGAGCUCUAUUGCUAUGUACACUGACUGCAUACUGUAUUUUCCUACACACAGAUAUCAACCCCAAAGGCUGAAUUAUGACAUCAAAUUUAUACUUAACAGGGUAAACUACAAAACGUUCUCUUUGACAUACUAUCUGCAUUUGUUUGCUCCGGUAGAAAAGCCAGGUGUUUUUGAAAGAAAGUUAUUUUGACACUGCAUCCUUCUGCUCUCACUCCGUUAGCUUUUCAAAGAUGCUGCUGUAUGUAUUUGUAAAGGGCAUUAUUAGAACAUGAAUGACAGUUACUAGUUCUACAAAUAAAUAUUUGAAAAUAAUUUCCGUAUUAAAAUUGUCAUUAGUCUCCAUAUUA